AUGGUGCGAGGCAUGGGCGUUCCGGAAACCGACGUGGACGACGUCGUUCAGGAAACUUUCGUGUCGGCGUGGCGCGCGUUGGCUGAGUAUGACCCCGCUCGCCCAGUGCUUCCGUGGUUGAUGCGUAUCGGAAUCAACAAGGUUCGCGAUACCCAGCGUUUCCGCCGCGUGCGUUACUUCCUAUUCAAGGCCCGGCCCAUCGACGAUGAAGAGGGCCGGACGCUGGUAUCGGAUCAGGCCGGCCCGGAACAGAGCGCCAGUUCCAGCCUUGAACUCGCCAGCGUGAUGCGCGUGCUCGACAGCAUCGAUCCCGCCUUACGCGAGGCACUGGUGCUGACGGCAUUCGUCGGUCUGUCCCAGGUUGAAGCGGCCGCUGCGCUGGGAAUCAGCCUGAAAACGAUCGAAGGCCGCGUACUUCGCGCCCGGGCAAAACUGGCCUCGGCGUUGGGUCGUUAG